CUUCCUUUGCCCUCUCCCACAGGACACAUAGUAUGACCAUUAGGUGUUCCGUCUCCCAGCCAUUUUCUAUGGAAAACCAAGGGGAUUGGGCCAUGAUAGCCACUGGCAGCUUCAAAGAAUGGGACGUCUUUAGAGAAGCUUGAUCUUGAAGGCCUCAGCGUGAGACCUGCAAAGCCGGAUUCCGGCAGAGUUCUUCUAUCUCGUCUUGCCGUGACUCAAAGUGCCCAGUUCUCCAGUUUUCCUCCAUCCCCUGGGAGUAGCAGAAAAUUAGCACCAUGGUUGGGUUCAAGGCCACAGAUGUGCCCCCUACUGCCACUGUGAAGUUCCUGGGGGCUGGCACAGCCGCCUGCAUCGCGGAUCUCAUCACCUUCCCCCUGGACACCGCCAAAGUCCGGCUGCAGAUCCAAGGAGAAAGUCAAGGGCCAGUGCGCACGGCAGCUAGCACCCAGUACCGCGGCGUGCUGGGCACCAUCCUGACCAUGGUGCGCACCGAGGGCCCCCGCAGCCUCUACAACGGGCUGGUCGCCGGCCUGCAGCGCCAGAUGAGCUUCGCCUCCGUCCGCAUCGGCCUCUACGACUCUGUCAAGCAGUUCUACACCAAGGGCUCUGAGCAUGCUGGCAUUGGGAGCCGCCUCCUGGCCGGCAGCACCACAGGAGCCCUGGCUGUGGCUGUGGCCCAGCCCACGGAUGUGGUCAAGGUCCGGUUCCAAGCCCAGGCCCGGACUGGUGGUGGUCGGAGAUACCAAACCACUGUAGAGGCCUACAAGACCAUCGCUCGAGAGGAGGGCUUCCGGGGACUCUGGAAAGGGACCUCUCCCAAUGUUGCUCGUAAUGCCAUUGUCAACUGUGCUGAGCUGGUGACCUACGACCUCAUCAAGGAUGCCCUCCUGAAGGCCAACCUCAUGACAGAUGACCUCCCUUGCCACUUCACCUCCGCCUUUGGAGCCGGCUUCUGCACCACCGUCAUCGCCUCCCCUGUCGACGUUGUCAAGACGAGAUACAUGAACUCUGCCCUGGGCCAGUACAGCAGCGCCGGCCACUGCGCCCUUGCCAUGCUCCGGAAGGAGGGGCCCCGAGCCUUCUACAAAGGGUUCAUGCCCUCCUUUCUCCGCUUGGGCUCCUGGAAUGUGGUGAUGUUUGUCACCUACGAGCAGCUGAAACGAGCCCUCACGGCUGCCUGCGCUCCCCGGGAGGCUCCCUUCUGAGCCCCUCUGCUGCCGGCCUGACCACCUCUGGCUCUGGCUCCUGCCAGGCCCCACUUCCGUUCUUCUCCAUCUUUCCUUCCCUUCCUUGUCUCCCACCUCUUCCUUCACUUUCCCAGCUCCCCUCCCUCCCACAUCCUCACCCCAUCCCUGCCUUCCACACCCCACACCCCACAGCCUGCCCGUCUCCAGUGCUGGUCGAAUUGAUCCCAUUCGACAGUGCAGGAGGCCUGGCACGAGCCAGCAGACCCAGCCUUCCUUUGCUUGAAAAGUUCAGCGUGAAUCUUCUUCCUGCCCCAUCCCAGCCAGCUUGUCUCAGCCAUAAAGCCCACUCAACCUCA